CUGUGGUUGUGCCGUAGUUGUGUGUGGACGGUGGAGGUGUUACUGCUAUAAUGGCAGAGUGUACGACGUUAGAAAGCCUUCUGGAGAUGGGCUUCGGCAGAAACAGAGCGGAGAAAGCUGUAGUACACACUGGCAACCAGGGCAUUGAGAGAGCCAUGGACUGGCUGAUGGAACACGAGAAUGAUCCAGACAUAGAUGACCCAUUCGUGCCACCAACAGAGAAUGUUCUAGGCUCAUCACAACAACAGAGCCUGUCCCAACCUGCCUCUGAACCGACUGAGUCUGCUGGAGAGAGUGCAGAACAGGGAGAAGCCGCAGAACAGGGAGAAGCCGCAGACCAGGGAGAAGCCAAACAACCAAUGACAGAAGAGGAAAAGAAGGAACAAAUUAAGAGGCUUGAGGAGUUAAUGAGGGUGAAGCAGGAGGAGAGGAGAGAGAGGGAGCGUCAGGAGGAGGUGGAAAGGGAGAAACAGAGGAGGAAACAGGGCCAGGAGCUGCAGCAGAUCCGACAGAAGCUGCAGGAAGAUGAAAUGAAGCAGCUGGCUGAACAGCGCAGGAGAGAGAAAAUGGAGGACCGAUUGGCCAAGCAGAGAGUCAAAGAGAAGAUUGCACGUGACAGAGAAGAGAGAGCACGCAAGUUUGGUGGCAGCUCUUCAAGUACAGCCCUGACAUCACCUUCUUCUGAAACCACGCCCCAGUCUCCUGCUGAGAACCAGGGCCCUCCCCCAGCCAAGAAAGACUACGAUGAGUGUCGGAUACAGGUUCGUCUGAUGGACGGCUCUGCGCUGGUGGCAGUCUUUAAGGCCCAGGAACCUCUGGCAGCAGUGCGAGUGUAUGUGCAGAUGAACAGCUCUGAGGGUGAGGACUUUACCCUCCUGUCCCCUUACCCCCGCCGUGUUUACACAGACCUCGAUAUGGAGAAACCUCUCCGGGAGCUGGGUUUGGUGCCUUCUGCUGUCCUUGUGGUUGCAAAGAAGUAAAAGGCAGAAUAGUUUUAUCCACGUUCUUCCACCCCUUCUCAUAUGGUCAACAGAAGACAAAACGGGUUACAGUCAUGGACUGGAUUUGAUUUUAUCCAUAUCAUUUAAACAGUCAAACAGGUCUUAAUCAGCACAACAGCAGAGUUAAGUGAACACUCAGAUUGUGGUUCUCAUCCUUACUUCAGCAAAUCUGCUGUGUAUUAUUUCUUUGUUUAAAAUAAACAUUUUUUGGCCUGUGGCCCCCACUGUAAAUAAAGUGAACUUAACCAUUAGUUGGUAUAAACAUGCCAUGAAUGAAUGACUUAAAGGGUGCGCCAAUUUUUUUUUUUUUUUAAUAGAUCUUUAAUUCAUGAAAAAAGAUGGCCUAAAAGGACAAAUGCAGGUAAACAUUGAUAUACAUAAACAUCCAGGAUGCCUGUUGGAUCUGGAAGGUGAAGAUAGGAUGUAGGGCUGUUUGCAGUAAUAAGUAAAUUUUGAUGUUUCCCAAGCAUUUACACAGAACAACUUCUGAAACAAAGCCUUGUAUGUAACAGUAUCUGCAUCUCAUACAGAAAGCAUGUACAGUAAAUAUAUUUUUGUUAA